GCUGACUGGAGGGGGAGGGCGCUGCGGGGCUGCCUGGUGCGCGUCGGCGGCCGCGCUCCGUCUGCGCUGGGGACGCGCUUGAGACGGCCGCGCCGCGGCGAGUCUGCGUCAAGUCCCUCGUUCCCUCUGCUGGAAUCUCUUCCUCUGAAGCGGUCACCAGCGUGUGGAGCCUGCCCCACACCCAUCCCCUGCCAAACCACGGCCUUUACCUGUGUCUUCCGGUGUUUCCCGUGCGACCCGUCCUGCGGGAGUGCCUCCUGGGCCACCCCAGAGUUCACCCAGCGCUCAGUGGCUCCAAUGGUGAAGAUGACAAGGUCCAAGACUUUCCAGGCGUAUCUGCCUUCGUGCCACAGGACCUACAGCUGCAUUCACUGCAGGGCUCAUCUGGCCAACCACGAUGAGCUCAUUUCCAAGUCCUUCCAAGGAAGCCAAGGACGAGCAUACCUCUUCAAUUCAGUAGUGAAUGUGGGUUGUGGCCCUGCAGAGGAGCGAGUGUUGCUAACAGGAUUACAUGCGGUUGCAGAUAUUUACUGUGAAAACUGCAAAACCACGCUGGGUUGGAAAUAUGAACACGCUUUUGAAAGCAGCCAGAAGUAUAAAGAAGGCAAAUACAUCAUUGAACUAGCUCACAUGAUCAAGGAUAAUGGCUGGGAUUGAAUGGGAAGAGCCCAGCCCUAGCAGCGUGUACGAGAAUGCCAUCCAACCGAACAUUAUAUCCAAGAGUGAGAGAGUGACUGAACGCUUGGUUCCAUGCAUUUAGAGGCUCUGCAAUUUGGGAGCAUCUUCACACCCUUCUCCAUCUUUAUUGGUGACUGGCCUCUAAAUUUCUGUCUCUCUGUCUCUUUGCUUUGUAUCUGUUUGUGAGUUGCCCCUGGCUGCUUCUCUCUCUGUUCUGGCGUUGGCUAGGAGAAUGCACCGAAUGCCCGACAGCCGCUCCGCCGUGGCCAGUGUCCGAGUACAAACUGCUGGUGGCUUUGUGGUGGCAUUUUACCAGAAGGUCUCUGUGCGGGAGGAAGACCUGAGUUUGGGGCAGGAGAAGGUGAUCUAGGGGGUGGGGAGUGGGGAAGUCGUCAGAAGUUGAAACUGUACUUCUCCUUUAAGUCCUGGUUAACCAAGGCUUGAAACUAUCUACUUGUCUGAAUGGACAGAAAAAUACCUCACGGCUGCGUUCUCUCCGAAUCGUAAACCUGCUGCUCCAGCACUGGAGCUUCGGCCUCAGCUGGCUGAGCACAAGUCAGAACCAGUUCCCCCAGCAAGCUAAUUGCAAAUCUGUCUUUUGUUUGCCAUUUAUGAACUUCUUGUUGCAGGGGGGAAAGGACCUGAAGGCUGGAGAGAUUCCUGGCCUCUCCUUUUUCUCGCUGUUUCAGGGUAGGCCAAAUGUCCCAACAGAGCACAGCUGUGGGGAGCAUCCUCCCAGCUGGAGAAACCAAAUCCUGACUCUUGAGCCUUUCAGAGAGGAGGAGAAAACCACUUAAGGCACAAGGGAGCUGGAGCUGCAGCUUAGAAGAUAAGACAGGUGGGGGGAAAAAAAGGCGUGUGCUAGGCAAGGAAGAGAGAAUUACACAGAGGAGGAUGGGGACAAACUUAGUAACACAGGGUACCCCUCGAUUUCUCACCCCCCCUCCUUGGGGGUCUUUUAGCAAACCUUCAUGAGUAGGAAAAUGCUGUUACAGAAUCUUUUUCUUGAAUCCCAGGCCCCAGCCAUCAGCUCUGCUCUUGGAGCCUGGCAGAGAAAUGGGGAGAGGAGGGAGCAGAGGAGCCUGGCAGUUGUAGCAGUAUUGCAUAGGUGGAUAUUUCAAGCCAUGAGGUAUCCUCCCCGAAACCUUCCACCCUUUUCCCACUCCCAGAAGCCUGUUGCAGGCACAGGGGGAAAGGGAAAGAAAAGAAAAAGAAAUUCAACAUCUUCCCCAUAGCCCUGAAACUGUCUAUGCCUUGGAGUUUAAAGGGGAGGGGUAGAUGUGGGCAUCAUAACUGCAAGGGGCAAGUCCCUCCCUUUUUAAGUUUUUUAAGUGGAAUGACUGUGGACCUUCCCGAGGUGGUUGGUGGGGAAGGGGCAUCGUGUGUGAGAGGAGAGCUGUGUUAGACAUUAAUGACAAUGUGAAGUUUGCUCUGCAACAGUCCAGCCAGUAUCUGGUGCAUAACUCAAGUCUGUUUAACUGAAUUAGUUUUAUUUCUGAGUGAAUUUUCUUUUUGUUUGUGGAAGUCUUUCAAGUAGGUUAAUCCAUUGGGGGAAAUCUUUCUUAAUCCAGAAGGAAAGAGUAUUGUCCAGGGGGUUGUAACUCCUUACGAAACCCAAGCUUUGGAGCUGUAAUCUGUUGUUGCUUGUCCCCACCCCUGAGAGACUCUCAGUGGAUCAGGAUGGAGGGCUGGUGCUGAGGAAGUUUCUGCUGUUAAAUGAAGGAGAUGUGAGCAGAGAUGCUGCUUGUGGAUCAGGGUGGAACUUAUGUGUUGGGUCCUUGUGUUGAAACCCAAACCUGAUGGCCCACCUAAACAAAGGCUGCUUUUUCUUUACAACCUUGGGGAGAGCAGUGAGAUGGAGGCCGGCUGCAGCCCCUGCAGCAGAUGGGGUUGGCUCAGUUUGUGAUGAGCCUCUUAGGAGAUGGCUUCUGCCUUCACCCUUUCUGCUGUGGCUGUGUAAUAGUUGCUUCAGCUCUUGUUUCUGAUUGCUUCCAUCGCCCACUUUCCCUUCAGUGAUAAAAACCUAGUGGAAAUCAAAAACUCUGCAGUACCUGCUGUCUUGUUGACUCUGGCACUACUGACCUGGUCCCAUUCUCCUGUCCUUUGGUUGGUGAUCCGUGACAGGGUUUGACUAGUGGGAAGUCAUUUGUGUCCUUUGGAGAGCUCCUCAGUCCCCCUCCCCCAGAUGUUUAGCCUUUAGAUGGGUGUGGUUGAAGCUGGGAGAAAUAAGGGAUGGCCCCAAAUCCUUACUAAGAGGUUGAGGAAAAGAGCACAGAGGGGCUCAUGGUUUUGUGUUGGUCUUCAGAAUGAUUGCCUGUGACAAAGCCAUGCAAAGGAGGACUGUCUGGAGGACUGCUCUGAGAAAUGAGAUCAGCUGCUACAGAGCUACCAGAUGUAAAUAUUUUUAUCCAUAUAUUUGGGACAAGAAAGGAGGAUGAUCCAUCAGAUCAGGCUGGUUUUAACUGUUCACAGGGGUUACUCUUCUAAUGGCAACCAGACUGAGCUUGAACACGGCCAGAUCUUAAUCGGGUUUUAAUUGGGUUUGUCCCAUCAGCGCCCACAGAUUUACACUUGAUGAGAAUCUGGCCUCAAGCCCUGCUUUGAAAAAAAUAGAUGUGCCUGUGAGUGUCCUCACCACCAGAGAAUAAUCUGUAGAGGGACUUUAGUACAGUGCACAGGGAGGUGAGUCGAAAUGGGCUCGUGAGGCUCGCUGGCAUUCACUCUCUGAUGUGUGUCUCUGAAGUGCUUUCUAGUCCGCUGCCGACUCCUCCGUGACUUGAUGUAUCAAGACACAGCACAGUGUCAGGAGCUGCUGACCAGACAGGGUGACCAGAUCUGUGUGCUAGUGGCUACCACAACCAGCACAGGCUAAACUGGUGACUGGUUCAGUGAUAUAUUCAGAGCAUAACCAAAGAACCUCACUGGCUGCAUCCCUCCGGUCGGGUGAGCUGACCUCAGCCCAUCCAUCACCGGCUGGGGUGAGCAAGGUGGGACCAUAACUUCCAAGCUGGAGAUGUGGCCCAUGGAAAGUGCCUCCUUGGGCAGGCAAUGGCUGAAUCCAGAGCACCAGGUGCUCGUGGUGCUGCUUUUUGUGGGUGACAUCCUCAAGAAAACAUGAACAGCAGCCAGCUUUGCUUCUUUUUCAUGUGGCAGCCUCAUCUGUAGCGAGCUGCAUGCACCUGUGAGUUUACAUCACCCUCAUCUACCCCAAAGCUCAGAACCUGAGUAAGUUUGAAACUGUUUUGCUCUGGUGGAUUAGCUGAUGUGAAAUCCUGAUCCCUGUAAUAAAUAUUCAGAUGAUAAUAUAUACAAAGCAGAAACCCACCCCCCACAAACCCAACCAACCCACAUUGUGAAGUAUACUUUUGUAAAUAAUAUUUAAUUAUUUUCUUUUUUAAAUAAUAUAUUUGGUGCUGUUUUCUCAGAGCCCCUCCCUGAGAGCACUUUUUUGUUGUUGCUGUUUAUAAAUGGUAACUGUUUCCUUCUGUGUUUGCUGGAGAAUAUGUUUAAAGGGAAACAAAAAUCAUAAUAUAUGUUGUCCUCUGAAGUGGAUCUGUUGCCCCUCUGGAUGUGGCAGGAGAGAGGAGUCACUCCUGCUCCCAUCUGGCAGAGUUGGUCUCUGGCACAGGUGGUGGCCAGGUUAGGGGUGUGGGCAGGUUCCCAUGUGUGGGACAGGAGGUAGCACUCAGGGAGUGCUCUGGUGUCUGGAGUUCAUGCUGGGAACACCUUCCCUCAGCGCUGGAGGUCCCACUGGCAGCCUGAGCCCUGUGUCAGCUCACAGCCCACAAAAGCUGGCGAGGCUCUGCCUGGGCACAGCUUUCCUGAGGAGAUCUGGUCUGUAGGAUCCAAGCCUGACAUUCUCCCUUGCACCAGUAGUGGCUGGAGUGGAGCAGAUGCUGAGACACAGAAAACAGGAUUGAGUGUGAGCUGCACCCUCCGAACCGCUGCUGCCGGUUGCUCGGGGGCAGCAGGGGUGGAGAUUCCUAACUAGUCAUUGUUUUUAACCUAAAACACGAGUCUUUGGACAUGGAUCCUGGUUUUCUUUUGGAGUUUUGUUGUUUGUUUGUUUGUUUAAACCAGGCUGCUACAUAAUGAAUCAGAGUAAAAAGUUUACCUCUCUGACAGUAAAGUUCAUUUUAUUUGUUUU